AUGGGAGCCGCUUAUCCUUACGUGGCCAUGGUACUAGUCCAGUUAUGCUACAGUAGCUCAAACAUGCUCCUGAAGGUCGCCCUCGAGAGAGGACUGAAUCAGUUCGUCUUUGUCGCAUACCGCCACAUAUCCGCCUCCCUCCUUUUGUGCCCUUUCGCUUACGUGCUCGAAAGGAGAUCUGUUAAAUGUUCAAUACAACUGUCUUCUUCUCUACUCUCAUUAAUCGUUUCCCAAGAAGCGAAACGUGAUGUCCGGAAAGAGAGCUUUCUCAAGUUUUCUUUUUCCCGGAAACGGAGACACCGGCUUUUCAUAGCACUACCUUCGGCAGUAACUGAGUCAUGUUUGAAUGAAUCAGAAAGGGCACUUUCUCUUAAGCUCGUGGCCAAAAUCUUCGCUCUCUCAUUGGUUGGGACAACUAUCCAUCUUAAUGUCUUCUACGCCGGCUUGGAGUACAUCUCACCGACGGUGGCAACCACCUUAAGUAAUUUGAUCCCUGGCGUGACAUUUCUCAUCACCGUUCUUCUCAGGAGGGAGACGGUAACGCUGAAGACCCCAAAAGGCCGAGCCAAGGUCAUCGGGACACUCAUAAGCAUUGGCGGGUCUUUCAUCUUCACCUUAUGGAAGGGGAAAUGCUUAAUAAACGGCCAUGUGCAGAGGCCGCUGAUAGACAUUUAUGGCUCCAAUGGUAAUGAAAGGAAGUUGAGUCAUGUGAAGGAGAGUUGGCUCAAAGGUUCUGCUCUUAUUCUCCUGAGUAACUUCACAUGGAGCCUAUGGCUUAUUUUCCAGGGAGUGGUGUACAAGGACUAUCCUGCUCAAUUAUCUCUCAAUGCCUUGAUUUGCCUCUUCGCUGCAUUUCACUCCUCGAUCCUCGCCCUGUUCGCCACGUGGGACCUGAACCUGUGGAGGCUGGAAUGGAAUGUCCAGCUCUGGACCAUCAUCUACAGCGGAGUGGUAGUCUCAGCGCUGGUGAACAAUCUACUAAUAUGGGGCAUCGGCCGCAAGGGACCAGUUUUUGCAGCAAUGUUCCAUCCGUUACAAGUCGUGAUCGUGGGAAUAUUCUGGUGCAUUGCUUUUGCUGAGAGAUUUCACUUGGGCAGCUUGAUAGGAACGUUCCUCAUUAUUCUCGGACUUUACUGUGUUCUUUGGGGCAAAACGAAGGAGAAUGAAACAGCUGACGAACCAGGAAACAAAAAGGGCUCUUCUGAUACAAAGAAUAUUGAAGUUUCAAUCGUUGGUAACUACCAAGUAGAUAGCGAGAAAUGUACUUCUGCAGGAAGCCGGGAUCAAAAUGGCGUUCUUGGAACUGAACUUGCAGUGAGAAGCUAAAGAGGAGUUGUUGGGUCAUGGAAGCAACUUUCUGAAUAUUAUAGCUGCAGCAGGGGAAGUUUUAAACGGGGUCAUCAUCUUCGACGUAGAUGCUCCGUCUGUCAACGUCCCAAUUUUCAUUAUGCAAGGGCAAAGUAUCGUAUGUACAAUAUUAAUUUAAGAGUGCAAGUUAAAUAAACUCUUAAUCAACUAGAGCCAA